AUGUCCUCCCCCAACUCAGCCCGCAAGGACUCCGCCAGCCAACGCGAAUUCGACCGUCUAAAGGAGCAACACAGUGCUCUUGGCGGAACGGCUUCUGGCUACUCCCACGACGACGACAAUAGCGAGCAGUCUGCGUGGCCGGACCUGCCAGAGCGGAGGCGAUCUUCCACUUCGUUCAAGGAGACGGCCAAGAAGUUCAAGCCGACGAAAGCUGGAAGACACGACGGAACAGCUCUAGGGGAGAAUGCGUCCAUCCUGAGUGAAUACAACGUCCACGUUCCCGUCUUUUGGAUCGCCGAUGCGUAG